AUAUAUACAAACACAACCCAUAAAGCAAGCAUUAGAAGAACUUCCACUCAAAACCAUUUAAAACUUUUGUUGAAACCAGUUCUCAUAAAAGAUCAAGAAAAGAGAAAAAGUCUGCUUUUUCUUUUUGUUUUCCGUAAUAUUUCAAAGCCAUCUUCAGUUUCAUCUAUGGAUACUGCUCACUGGCCACAGGAGAUAGUGGUGAAACCAAUAGAAGACAUAGUAACCAAUAAUUCAUGUCCAAAACCUGCAAGUAGUGGUGCUUUAGAGAGGAAAUCAAGAACUCAAAAAGAGCAAGUGUUGAACUGUCCAAGGUGCAAUUCAACCAACACAAAAUUCUGUUAUUACAACAAUUACAGUCUUACACAACCUAGAUACUUUUGCAAGACUUGUAGAAGAUACUGGACUGAAGGUGGUUCUUUAAGAAACAUUCCAGUCGGUGGCGGUUCAAGAAAAAACAAAAGAUCAUCGUUAACUUCAUCUUCUUCAUCUUCUUUAACUACUUUAACUACCACUUCCUCAUCUUCUAAGAAACUUCCUGAUCUUGUUAGUAAUUUAUCUCAGUCUUCAGCUCAAAACCCUAAUAAUAAGAUGAUUGAAGGUCAAGAUCUAAACCUAGCUUUUCCAACAAGUUUCUCUGACCUAAUUCAAAUGCCUACCAUUAAUGAAGGUAACAACAACAGCAGCAGCAGCAAGAAUUGUUCUUCUUCUUCAGCUUUGGAGCUUUUAACAGGAAUAUCUUCAAGGGGUUUAAAUUCUUUUAUGCCUAUGGGAGUUCAUCAUCAUCAUCAUGAUCAAGAUCCAAAUUCAGUUUACUCCUCAGGGUUUAAUAUUAAUCCUCUAAUUCAAGAUUUUAAACCAACUUUGAAUUUUUCUCUUGAUGGGAUUGGGAGUGGAUAUGGUAAUCUUCAAGAAAAUAAUAGUGGGAGGCUUUUGUUUCCAUUUGAAGAUCUAAAGCAAGUUUCAAGCACAAGUGAUCACCAUAUUGAGCAGAAUAGAGAGCAAGGAGAUUCAACCGGUUAUUGGACAGGAAUGUUGGGUGGAGGUGGUGGAUCAUGGUAAUUAAUGAUAAAUCAUAUACAUAUAUUAAUAUUAUGAUCAUAUCUUUAAGAAAAUAAUUAAUCUUGGGGUUGGAUUUUAAUUUUCUUGUUAAUUGGAUUUUUUAAGGUGGGUGUUUGGAUUUCUUGAUUACUAACAAGAUAGGAUACAUGGGUUUUGGCUCUAUAUAUUAGCUUCCAUAUUUUAAAUUUCAAGUAUGUUUCUUUGGGAAAAAUGUGAAGCUUAUUUUAGAUUGGCUUCAUACAUGGGGAAUUAUGUAUUAAAGAGCUAGCUUAGCUACAAAAUUAUGUAUCAUGGGUAUAAUGAAGAAAAUAAUGUGAAAAUUUGUAAGGAGUUUGAUGGAUGGAAGACCUUUUUUUUUUUCA